AUGAUUUCAUUUCUUGCUUCAUUAGGGGCUAGCAAAUUAACGUGCACUCAUAAUGAGACUGCUCCAGAAACAGUUGUCAGGAAAAAUGAGAAAGGCACGUUUGACGGAGUAAAAUGCAUCAAAACAAAUCCAAAGACACUUUUCUUCUUCAACCAAAUUCAAGACAUGAAUGUUGAGUUCUGCACAACAAAUUCAAAGAGCCAUAAAGAAGAAUGUAUAACUUCAAGUACAAGAAAUCCUAUUGUUUCCUACUUCUUUGAUUCCUACGGAACAUUCAAAUACCAAAUUAACGGCAAGAAUCCAAACCUUGGCAUGCACAUCGUUCCAGUUUCCAUCUGCCCAAGUAUUCAAAUUUCUACAAAGCAAAACUACACAUUUAAGCCAACAAAGGCCACCUGCAUUAUUCCAGGAGGAAUUCCAAAGGCCCAGAUAAUAUACGAAAGCAAUAUUACAGAACAACCAUAUCCAAUCAUCAAAUACGAAGCUGACAUGGCCGAAACACCUCUUUCCAUGACCUAUGGCCAAGUUAAAAUGUCAAUCGAUGGAUUUAUCAAAGUUGAAAAGAACGUUACAGGAGUUUCACUUUCAGUUUACGGAGAAUCAACCGAAUCCCCAAUUGUUUACGCUGGAGAUAUCAAAAUGGUCGGUGCAACAUAUGCAAAGGAUUACGUUCCAGAAGGAGGCUCCCACAGAGGAUUUUAUCUCGGAUUAAUCAUUUUCACUGCAAUUGCUGCAAUCGCAGCUGUUACGUUGUUGGCUGUUUUCUUCAUCAGACACCAGACAACCAAGUACUAUACAGAAAUUCCACAAGAAAACGAACUUUAA